UAAGUUAUUCGUGGCGCGAGACAACUUGUUUCGAACAAAGUUGUCUGACAGGAAGGAAGCUAGGGUGUGUUCGUCGUGUCCAGGCAUAUCAUCAUCCGAGUGAGACAUCGGACAGCUAUAUAAACCGAGGAGUGUCCCAUGUGAAGCCACUCAGUGACCAUCGGUCGCCAUCAUGGACAGGUGUCUUCAGAUAUUGCUCUGCGCAGUCGCCAUCGGCUUUGUCCACUCCAGGCCUGGUAUAUUUCGCGUGAUUCCCGUCGGCCUCUCCAGCCAGUACCACGCUCAGGAUGCUCUCGGACAAUACAGCUAUGGGUACAGUGACGGUCUGUCUAGCAAGAAUGAGGUCAAGACAUAUGACGGUGUGACCCGUGGAGAAUACUCUUACGUGGACUCCAACGGAAUCGUCCAAAGCGCUACCUACACAGCGGACGCUGUCAAUGGCUUCAAAGUGUCGACAACUAACCUACCCGUGGCACCUAAAGCUGCUCCUGCAGACGUACCCAGUCCCGUUCAAGACACCCCCGAAGUCGCGGCGGCCAAAGUUGCCCAUAAGGCAGCCCAUGACGCAGCUGCAGUCGCCGCAUCUGCUCAACAGCUUCCUGUACUCGGCUCUCCUGCCGUUGUUCCCGGUGGUUUCGCUUACACUAUAUACGCCGGAGUUCCGGGCUUUGUGUCUUACUCGUCUGUAGUACCUGCUGCUCUUCCUGGAGUUCCUGUCGAUACACCGGAAGUUGCGGCUGCAAAAGCAGCCCAUCUUGCGGCCCAUGUUGAAGCUAAGUUGAGGAACCUUGGUAUCGUCUUCUUCUGCUUGGUGUGCGCUAGUCCAGCGUUCCUGACGCCAAUUCUUGACACCCCUGAAGUAGCCGCCGCCAAAGCUGCACACUUCGCCGCCUACAACGCCGCCGCAGCUGCUGCAGCUGCCGCCCCCGACUAUGGCCCCAUACCUUUUGCCGCCCCACUGAUUCCUGGAUACACCGCCUAUGCCGCCCCCGGAACCUACAUCGGUCCUCUUGCAGGAGUGCCUGCUCUUAUAAACGGCGUCCCUGCCGAUACGCCCGAAGUUGCCGCUGCUAAAGUUGCCCAUUUCGCCGCCCACGCGCAAGCAAGGGCAGCUGCAAUCUACGGAGGCAUAAAGUCAAGAGACAAUACAGUUCACAGCGAGUACUGGAUCCAUACCAGCAGCGCUACUUGGACUCAAAAACCGUUAAUCAUCAACACAAAAAUGAACAAGAGUUUGCAGGACUCUUUGCAGAUCGCGUUCUUCUGCCUGAUUGCUGUCAGCAUGACCUGCGCACAGUACGGCUACCCGGGCUACCCCUACCCUGGUGCGCCACAUGGCGCUCCCCAGCCUGUUGCUGACACCCCAGAGGUCGCUGCCGCCAGGGCCGCCCACUUCGCCGCCUACAAUGCCGCCGCCUCCGCCGCUGCUGCUGCCCCCGAAUACGGGCACGGUGCCCCUGCAUAUCCUGGUCCCUACCCUGGGGCGGCGCCUGGAUACGGGUCUCCAUACGCUCCUGCCCCCACUCUGGUUAAUGGUGUCCCUGCUGACACCCCCGAAGUUGCCGCCGCCAAGGCUGCUCACUUCGCCGCCCACGCCCAACAGGCUGGCAACCAUUACGGUUAAAAUAACUGAAUCUUAGCAGAUACCGUUUACUUAUUUAUUGAAGUUUAGUCAGCAUGCGAUGCGGGGCUCGAAACAGAAUGGAAUUAGCUGUUUCAGACCCCACCAGUCAGGAUGAAGGUAAUUUUUGCGGGCGAGAAUCAUCUGGCCAAUAAAAUUAUGGAAAUUACGUAAAAACAACAAGCAUUUUUAUCUCUUCUUC